AUGAACAGUAAUCGUAAACCAUUGUAUGAUUUUUUUUCAUCAUCAAGUCCUCAUGAUGAAUAUGAACUUAUACAACGUAUUGGUUCCGGAACAUACGGCGAUGUUUAUAAAGCAAGACAUAUUCCAACAGCAUCAAUGCGUGCAUUAAAAGUUAUAAAACUUGAACCAGGUGAUGAUAUUAAUAUAAUACAACAAGAAAUUCUUAUGAUGAUUCAAUGUAGUCAUCCAAAUAUUAUCGCUUAUUUUGGUAGCUAUUUAAAACGAGAUAAAUUAUGGAUUGCUAUGGAAUUAUGUUCUGGUGGAUCGAUGCAAGAUAUUUAUCAUGUUUAUGGAGUACUUAAUGAAUUGCAAAUAGCUUAUAUACUCAAGGAAACAUUAAAAGGAUUAGAUUAUCUUCAUAAAACUGGAAAAAUGCAUCGAGAUAUUAAAGGUGCUAAUAUCUUACUCACUGAUGAUGGAAAUGUAAAACUAGCUGAUUUUGGUAUCGCAGCAAGUAUAACUGCGACUAUGUGUAAACGAAAAUCAUUUAUUGGUACACCUUAUUGGAUGGCACCAGAAGUUGCUGCUGUUGAACGUAAAGGUGGUUAUAAUCAAUUAUGUGAUAUAUGGGCUGUUGGUAUCACAGCAAUUGAAUUUGCUGAAUUACAACCACCAAUGUUUGAUUUACAUCCUAUGCGUGCCCUUUUUUUAAUGUCUAAAUCAGGUUUUAAACCACCAACAUUAAAAGAUAGAACAAAAUGGUCAUUAACAUUUCAAAAUUUUCUUAAAUAUGCUUUAAUCAAAAAUCCAAAGAAAAGACCAUCAGCUGAAAGAUUACUUGAACAUCCAUUUCUUCAAGGAAAUUUAACAACACAAAUUGCAAAAGAUCUCUUGGAUAGAUUACAUAAUGGAGCCAUGAAUAAUACCAUAUCUGAAGAUAGAGAUGAUGAUGAAGAUGAUAGAAGUAUUUUUCAAGCACCACAUAAAAUUACAUCAACUAGAGAUACGGCAACAGUAUCAUCAUCAAGUGUUCGACCUCUUGUAGCAAAUUUAAAUCAACCACCAUUAAUUCGUAGUUCAAUUCUCAAUGAUUCAAUUCAAACUAAAGCCAACGGAAAUAAUUCAAACAGUGAUAGACAUUCUCCAUUACAUGUUCCAUUGUCAACAAAAACCAAGAAUAAUGAAAAUGCCGAACAUAUUCAACGAUUAAAAUCAUUAGGUUUAGCUGAAGAAGAUAUUCAUCAUUUAAUGAAAACAUUACCAUUAAGUGCAUUUGAAAAUUUAGCUUUAAAUGAAAUUCAACAUAUAGUCGAUGUAAUGCGUGAAGCUGAUGUUGAAGAACAUGAAGAUUCCAUUAAGGAUAAUACAAUAAAACGAGAACCAAAAUCAAAUAAAAAAGAACAACAAGAAGCAAUUUAUGAAAAUGAUAUUGAUACAAAUAAUAAUACAUUAAAACGAAAUAAUGAUUAUGAAAAUAUUUCACCAAUUUCUAAUCAUACACUUCAAAUAAAACAAGAUCGUUCGAUAUCAUCAAAUGGUAUUCCAAGUGUACCGAGAGUUCAUAUGGGUGCUGGUUUUAUGAAAAUAUUUAAUCAAUGUCCAUUAGAAAUUCAUGCUAGUUAUGGUUGGAUGAAUACUGAAACGAAAGGUGAUUUGUUUUUUCAAGUCUUUUGUUUAUGA